GUGUGUUAGCCUGCAACCUGAUUCACAGGGAAAGUUGGUGAUGACUGCCACGCAAAAUUCUGGGCAUGGAUUAAGUCUUGAUCUUUUAGAUCCCUAUUAUUGCACCAAAAUAGUAUGAAUUCGAACUGCAUGGGAAAGGGCUGAGCAUGGUAGGUGGAAGGAUAAGAAUUAAUAGUUAAUAAAAUACAUACAUCACAUGAUUAUGUACAUACAAUGAUGUCAGGCCUUUGUUUCGCAACAUCCAAAACUUUUUAAAUUAUGUAAUCUGUGAAGAUAAGAUGACUAACUGGUUGUGCCAGAACCUUGAAAAUUAUGUAUUUUAUAUUGCUGAUAUCAUAUGUACAUGAUCACAUACUUGUAAGCAGAAACAAGUAUCAGAAAUGUUACCAUCCAUACCUGAACAUACUGAACUGCAUUUUGAGCUAAUUUUGACACAGGUGUAAAUAUUAAGACAAAAUUUGAGUUUGAAAAACUGAGGUGAUUGAUAACAAACAAAUCUUGUCUAAAGAGAGUUCUGGUAGCAAACUUCGUUCCAAGUGUUGAGGUGAAGCAUCACAACUCGUUUUUUCCUGUUACUAGCUUCAAUGUCCCAGUGUUAUAAAACGGAAAUGACAUUCUAUUUAAAAAUAAACAUGUGCAAUCAGCAUAACAAUACUGCUGAAAAAAUGACAGCUGCAAGAUAUAAACAAAGUUAUUACUGAUUUUGUCCUCUGCCAAAUAUGUAAGCUAAGUACCCGCAAAAUACAAAACUUAAAGUUACUACUGUAACUUGGGCACUGAACAGCAAAUACUGAUACAACUCUGUGUAAAAUUAGUAUGCACUCAGUUGCAGAAUGAAUAUGAAUUAUAAACAAUCCGUAAUUUGUUUCUGAAUAUCCUUUUGUUGUAAAAUAGUUCGGAGUAUAGCACAGAAUUUUUUGGUAUGGUACUUACUACACUGAUCAUUUAUGAGAAGAUCGUCAAAAUUGGUAAAUACAUUACAGUAAACUGGAACUGCUAAUAUUUACAGAAUUAAUACGCUGUCAGAAUAAAACAUUGUUUUGCACUUUAAAAUAAAUUUAUCAUACACAAAAUACUUAAUCUUGACUGUUUUGACCAAGUGCUACUUAAGUUGGUCUAACAGUCCCUGUUAAGAUAUUCAUUAACAGAGCAGGAGAAGUUGUCAAUGAAAAAGUCUUUCCAACUCUGUUUAAACCAUGCUUUGUCUGAAACCAAGUUUGUAACGGUUCAAAAAAUGGCUCUUAGCACUAUGGGACUCAACUGCUGUGGUCAUUAGUCCCCUAGAACUUAGAACUACUUAAACGUAACUAACCUAAGGACAUCACACACAUCCAUGCCCGAGGCAGGAUUCGAACCUGCGACCGUAGCAGUCGCACGGUUCCGGACUGCGCGCCUAGAACCGCAAGACCACCGCGGCCGGCGUUUGUAACGGUUGCUGGCAAUUUAUUGAAAAUGUGCGUUCCUGAAUACUGGACCCUUUCUUGGGCCUAGUUAGGGGAUUUUUAGGUCUUUAUGCAGAUGAUGGAGAAUCUUGGCAAGGAGCAAUUUGGCUUUAGACUGAAUACGGGCACCAGGAAUGCAAAUCUCUCCUACGAAUCUUGGGAGAAAGGUUUAUUGAAAAAGGAAGAGACCUAUAUAUACGGGCUGCAUUGAUCUAGAAAAGGCAUUUGACAACGUGGUUUGGGCGAGUAUAAUGAGGGAAAAGAGAGUGUACUGGAAAACCAGAUGACUUGUAAACUCAUUACACUUUAAUCAAAAAGUUUCAAUUAAAGUGAGAGGAGAAAGUACAAACUGGAUCGGGCUAGGAAAAGGAGCAAGACAAGGAUGCUGUCUAUCACCCACUACUUUCAACCCCUACUUGGAAAAUAUGGUUGACCAGUGCUCAUUAGAUGACAAAGGCGUAGAAAUUGGAGGAAGAAGAGUAGGGUGUUUCAGGUUUGCUGAUGACAGCACAGGGGAAAAAGAAUUACAGGAUUUGGUGGACACCAUUGAAACUAAUGGAAAAAAUAUGGAAUGAAAAUUAACAGAAAUAAAACAAAAGUAUUGACACUAGGAGGAAAUAAGGAAAUAAAAAUUAUGCUGAAUGGAGAAAUACUAGAACACGUGCAAAAUUUUUAAGUAUCUUGCAAGCAGGAUAGACACCGCCUGGAAGUGCACCACAGAAAUUAAAACAAGGAUAGCAAUGGCAAAAGAGGUGUUUUAUAAGAAAAGGAGAAUUUUCUGCAGCAGUUUGGACAGAGAACUUAGGAAGAGAUUCACAAAAUGUCUUCUAUGGAGUGUUCUUCUAUAUGGCGAUGAAACAUGGGCUAUAAGGAAGAAAGACAGAGAAAGGCUGGACGCUUUUGAGAUCUGGACAUGGCGGAGGAUGGAAAGAAUAAGUUGGAUGGACAGAGUAAAAAAUGAAGAGGUACUGAGAGGAGUGGGAGAGAAAAGACAGUUACUAGAUGUAAUAAAGAGAAGAAAAAGAAAUUGGAUUGGACACAUAUUAAGAAAGAAUGAUUGAAUGAUAAAAACAGUUUUAGAAGGUUAUGUAGAGGGGAAAAGGAAGUGAGGUAGGAAGAGAUUCCAGAUACUGGAUGACAUGAUGGAUGGUACAACACACAGCAGCCUUACGUAGAAAGCAAUGGAUUGCAGAAAAAUGGAGAGGCAAAGGACCUGCAGAUAACUGAUGUAGAUCAUUCCUAGUAUUGAUACUAUGUAUUAAGCAACUGGUUACAACUAGAGAUACAUUAUUUGCAACAAAUUUCAUUAAGGAAUAAUAUAUUGAGAAGCAGUGGUUAGAAUACAAAGUUCCUUGAACAGGUUCUAGAAUUUACACCACAACUGAUUCUUAUUACACGCUUUUGCACGCAAAACUUUUGCUCGGUUUGACGAGUUACCCCAGAAUAUGAUCCCGAAUGGCAUAAUAGCAUAAAAGUAAGCAAAGUACCCAAGUUUUUAUUAUAUUUAUAUCUCCUAAAUAUGACAUAAUUCUCACUACUAAUACAGGCUUGUUUACGCACUUAGCAAUUCUGCGGUAUGCCCUUCCCGAUUGAAUUUAUUAUCGAGUUUUAAGCCCAGAAAUUUUACUCUGUCAACCGCUUCGAUCUGCUUGUCUUCCCUCGAUUGCGUAUUUCUACUCUAUCAUGAUACGGGAAAUUUUGAUGAGCGGCAUACAUGGUAAAUUUCCGAACAGAAGUGACUUUGCAGUAUAAUUCUAAAACACAUAUCCGAAACGAAUUAUCCCUUCUUCUCCGCACUGUCUUGUCAUUUGGAGCAUUUAUCUCUGACUGACUAAUCCAAAGAUAGCGAAGGAGUAGAAUUUGAUUCCAACUGAUGGUCUUCUACAUUUUGUUAGAAUUUUAUGUAUUAUUUAUCAUUUGUCAAAACUUGGGAACUGUUUCGUCCGAAUAAUUCUGUAAGCUAGUGUUUAUUCCGCCAAAGCAUUAGAUUCAACGAAUUAUAAGUUUACGGCAAAUAGCGAGGCUUUUGCUUCCGGUUAUUGGAAUAUUGGGUAAUAAGGAAGAUGGCAGCGACCAGGAGGUUGCAGAAAGAGCUCGGCGACAUCCGAUCGUCGGGCAUGAAAUCUUUCCGAGAAAUCCAAGUGGAUGACUCUAAUAUAUUAACAUGGCAAGGUCUUAUAGUGCCGGAUAAUGCCCCUUAUAAUAAAGGUGCGUUUAGGAUUGAAAUAAAUUUUCCUGCAGAAUACCCAUUCAAACCACCAAAAAUAAAUUUCAAGACCAAAAUAUAUCAUCCGAACAUUGAUGAGAAGGGCCAAGUCUGUCUGCCGAUCAUCAGCGCUGAAAACUGGAAACCAGCAACGAAAACUGAUCAAGUGAUCCAGGCGUUGGUAGCACUUGUGAAUGACCCAGAACCUGAACAUCCACUUCGUGCUGACCUGGCUGAAGAGUAUCUCAAAGACCGUAAAAAAUUUGUGAAAAAUGCUGAAGAGUUCACUAAGAAGCAUAGUGAGAAGCGACCGUCCGAUUAAAGUCUGUGAAAUGAUGCAGUUCCUGCCUGGACUUUGGGAGGAGAGGUUUUGUGAUACACAACUUGAACAUUUGUUUGUGAUUGUAAUUCUGGUGUAUGUACAGUGUGCACUGAAAGUGUAGUAAACACUCCUCCCCCCUCUGUGACAGUGUUAGCACCAUCUACACUCACCAGGUGAAGCGGUGCAUGGGUGCUUGUCAGGUGUUGCCAACACUGGUGUGCAUGAGUGCAUAAAGAAACGCCCUUGGUACUAUUUGUCACUUUGAUAAACACCAGCCCAGAUACACAUGAUUUUGAGACUACUAUAUGUGAAAGUAGUAUGGGUAUUGUUCUAUCACCAAUACAGUUUGUCUGUUGGAAUUUACAGCGCAGUUUUAUUCCAAUUUGUUGUCAACUUAAUUGUAUACAUAUUUCACAGUUUCUGUUAAAACAAUUAUAUUUAAUUGUAUGGUAUAAAUGAUUGUUUUCAUUAAAAGAUAAAGAUGUGAAUAAAUUUUA